GCGCGAUCUGGAAAAAUUGACAAAAAAUAUUUGCUUGUCAGAUAGCUAACGAAUUUGUCCAAAGGUAUACCGGGGACUUCAUAUGGACAUGAACAAUGUUUUCUUUAAAACACAGCUGUUGGUUUAUUCGUAAGGUGGUAUGUUGGAGAGCUGUAGCCAGCAUUGCUUGGUCUGUGCUGCUGUUGCCAGUCACCACAGCUAUUUUUGUGUUCUUGAGUAGAUUCAGUCUACUCCAUCCGAUUCAGUGGAUAUCGGAUUCACUUGCUCUUCUGACUGCUUCAAGUACCAUUUUCUCUAUCGUUCUACUCUCUGGAGUUGUGUUGGUGAUUGGGUUUUUCAACCUCGAAUCUUACACAGUUGUCCCUUCCAUCCCUUGCACAAGGAUUGCCCUUCUGGGGAAGGUGCUCCACCCUCGGCAAUGUAUACACUCUGUUGUGCACGCAGCGGUGGGGAUGCUGGUGUCUUGGUGUGCCGCUAUCACCAUUGGGGGCAGGUACCGAGCCUUGGGCUCCCCCUGCCUUCAGUCCGAGAGUAAAGAUGCUGGCCAGAUGUGUCUGAAUGAGUACCAUCUGCUCCUGUUGCUGUCUGGAGCCUUUAUGGGAUACAGCCACAGUCUCCUUGGGGUUGUACACAACAUGAAUUAUGUGUCUUUCCCUGCCAUACAGCAAUAUAAAUACCUGCGUUUCAAAGGCUCCCUGUCUCUUGUGGUGAAAUGCAGUGCUGUGCAAUCCAUGUAUGCACUUAGGAAUUACUUAGUUCUAUACUUCUUUUUUGGAUAUGCACCUAAAACGUGGAUCUGCAGAACUCUCAAUCUACAGGAAGAUGGGUCUCUUCACGCUCUGGACACUCUGGCUGGACUGCUGGACUUUUCUUUGCUGUACCAUCUGUGGAUUGCUGGGACAUUCCUGCUGCUAACCUGGUACAUCACCGUCCUGCUCUUCAGGAUCUAUGUCUCAGAGAUGCACAGUUUUCCAGUCCAGCCUUCGUUUGCGGAGGAAGCUGAUGGCUGUCUGCCCAAAGUCUUACUCUGCAAAGAGCCAGCCAUCAUGAAGUUCUUAGCCUUGCAAGACCUGGCUCUUCUGUCCCAGCACUCAGUCAUGAGGAGGCUGGAGGUGUUCAGUCUUAGUCAGCCAGGUGGCCACCCUCACAACUGGAAUGCCAUCAGUAAAGAGUGCCUGUCUCUGCUGACUGAGCUGACUCAGAGGCUGGUGGCUCACCACGAUGCAGUAGCCUCCAAUGGCCGUGCCAAGUCCCAGUCCAGCAGCAGCACCGAGACCAAGUCUGGAUCGUGGGGCUCAGUGUCAUCGGGGGCCACGGACCUUCCGAAGACGCCUCUUCCCAGCCACAUCCUGAAGACCCCGGGCUCCGUGUUCCUGCGCUCCUCCGUGGGGACGCUGCACAGCCCCCUGACUGCCCCCUUCACCCCCGACCUGGACAGCCCCUUUUCUUCCCCUUCCAUCCGGCGUCUGACCGCGCCCCAGGAGCCCAGCUCACCCUGGUUCGGCACCGUGCAGAGCCCCCAUGUCAUGAGGGGUCCCAAGCUCUGGAGCGCCUCAACAGAUUCUCAGAGUAAUGGCAGCACCACUGCCAGUCCUGCUCCUGCUGCUGCUCCUGGCCCCAGUCCCCCUCCAGCCGAUCACAAACCCAGUUUCCUCUCCCAGUGGCUUCAGAACCGCAAGGAACAGGUGAAAGGUUUCAUGGCAAAGAGGGUGCUGGUUAUGUAUUUAUUUACCAAGCUUCCAGAGGCAACGAGCCAAGCUUUGUUUGCCGACAGCCAAGCUCACAUUUGGGCUUUAGAAGGGUUGUCCCACCUGGUGGUGGCGUCCUAUUCAGAGGAUCGCUUCGGGGUUGUGCAGACUACACUACCAAGUAUUCUUAGCACCAUGCUGGUGCUGCAAGAGGCAGUGGACAGACACUUCAAGCUGCCCCACGCAUCUAGCAAGCCUCUGAGGUCCACCUGCAGCAUGGGAGAGUCCACCUACAAGACCCUGCGCUUUGCUAUGAGGGCUGCACUCAAAACCGCCAUAUACAGGAUAACCAACACCUUUGGGGAGCACUUACAUGCUGUGCAGAUGUCCACUGAUCACAGAAAAAGGCUGCAGCAGUUCCUCGAGUACAAAGAAUAAGAUGGACUCCAUGGGAUUCCCAUGCCUAUCUGUCUGGGACCUCUGUGCUUUGUGGCCACAACUAUGUCUGUCUGUCUGUCUGUUUGCUGGCCCACACACAAAUGUGGUUAUCAAUUUUGCACCGAUGCAUGGUAUCAGUGAGAAGCACAGACAACUUGAUGAAUUACAAAUCACACAGGAGGCUGUCUGAGUAGUCCUUUGCUCCUGCUGUGGGACACUGUACCCUCUGCCUUCACAGCUAAUGAAACAUUUAGGACUCACUGGUCAGCUAACUGGCAGCACAAGAAGACCCUCAAUCAUGAGCAAGAGACAGUUCCAACAAGAAGAUUGGUUGCCCCCCCCCCCCCCCCCCCUUUUCAUUUUCCUUUAUUAGUAUUUAAUAAGAAAGGUGGAAUGUACACAUUAGACUGAAAUGAUGUGUCUCACAUGUGUUUAUGUACCUUUACAUUCUCUUUGACAUGCUUGUUGUGUAACCUGUUUGUUGAAGCCCGGGCUGUGUUUAAUUUCAUUUGAUUAAGAAUUAAUCCACAGGUGAAGAGAGUGGUAUUGUUUUGCCUGUUCUUGAAAACAUCUUCCUUGUUAAGUGCCCUUCUUGUUCAGACCAUAGACGUCACCAGAGGUCUUGUGUUUUCUCACCUGUUUCCUGAAUGGUUGCUGGUUUUCAUAUAUAAGGGGUUUGUGGUCUUUCACCCUUUAGUAAAUGCAAUCGGAGAUCACACAUUUGUGGCACAUUAUGAGUGAAAACUGCAGCUUGGAGGACACACUGUUUGUACAUUUGAAGUUAAUAAAUAGCUUUGUACUUGUAUAAAAUGCA